UAUAUAGAUAGAUAGAUAGAUAGAUAGAUUUCUCUUGUUUCAUUUUUUAUUAUAACUUUUAUUAUAGUUGAUUCCUCCCAACCCAUGGCAUCCUUAUACUUCUAUGAUAUACUUCUCCUUUCCAUUAUGUUGAUAAUAUCCAUUAUUACCAUACUUCUUUACCGGAAAAGGCGCCUUCCUGUUACAAAUUGGCCAUUUUUUGGCAUGGCACCGGACCUCCUACUAAACGCGCAUCGUGUCCAUGAUUAUGCGACUCUUAUCCUCAAAAUUAGUGAUGGUACCUUCAUGUUUAAGGGCCCUUGGUUUGCCAAUAUGGAUAUGCUUGGCACUUGUGACCCAGCCAACAUUCAUCAUAUGCUAAGCAAAAACUUUCCAAACUAUCCCAAGGGCCCCGAGUUUCGCAGCAUGUUUGAUAUUCUUGGAGAUGGCAUUUUCAACUCUGAUCAUGAGUUAUGGGAAAUCCAUAGGAGAACAAUCAUGUCUCUACUUAAACAUCCCAACAUUCCAACAUUGCUUGAAACAAACAUUAGGAACAAAGUCGAGAAUGGACUUCUACCCAUUCUGGAUUUUGUUUCUUCACAUAAUCAAGAGAUGGAUUUGCAAGAAAUAUUUCAGAGGUUCACUUUUGAUGCUAUUUGUGUAUUGCUAUUGAAUUACGACCCUAAAAGCUUGUCCCUUGAAUUACCAUACAUUCCAUGUGAGAAAGCUUUUACGGACGCUGAAGAAGCGCUCUUGUGGAGACAUGUGUUGCCUGAAAAAGUUUGGAAGUUGCAAAAGAGAUUUGGAUUAGGGAAAGAGAAGAAUUUGAGUGAAGCUUGGAAGGCUUUUGAUGAAUUUAUAUAUAAAUGUUUGUCUAGAAAUGAAGUAGUACAAGAGGAUUCAGGGUUGUUAACGUCAUUGAAGAGAGAUUAUGAAGGACAAAGUGGUACUUCAGGAGAUGCAAGAAAGUUCUUAAAAGAUACCAUAUUUAAUCUUAUGAUUGCAGGGAGAGACACUACUAGCACGGGUCUUUCUUGGUUUUUCUACCUACUUACCCAAAAUCCAAGCGUAGAGAAGAAAAUCCAAGAGGAGAUUAAAAAAGUGUUGGCUGCUCGAAGCUGGAAAAGCUUGGGCCUAAAAGAAUUAGGGGGGUUAGUUUACCUUCAUGGAGCUAUAUGCGAAGCAUUAAGAUUGUAUCCGCCUGUUGCUUUGGAGCGCAAGUCUCCAGCGGAGGCGGAUAUCUUGCCAAGUGGUCAUGUUGUUGAUAAGCAUACAAGGAUAAUUCUAUCUUUCUAUUCCAUGGGCAGACAAGAAGCAAUAUGGGGGGAGGAUUGCAUGGAAUUUAAGCCAGAGAGAUGGUUUUCGCAAGGAGGAGGGAUAAAGCAUGAACCAUCUUACAAGUUCACCGCGUUUCAUGCUGGGCCGAGGACAUGUGUAGGUAAGGAAAUGGGUUUGAUUCAGAUGAAAAUGGUGGCGAUUGCGAUAAUAUGCAAUUACCAUGUUGAAUUGGUGGAGGGUCAUCAAGUUUGUCCAAGUGAUUCUAUCAUACUCCAAAUGAAGUAUGGGUUGAAAGUGAGACUUUUCCCUAACAACAUCAACCAAUCUUAGUUUCUCCAAGUUUCCAUUAUAGAUAAUUUCUCUUGCAAAUGCACAAAUGUCGUUGAGUGUCUAUUAUAUGAAAUAAUAUGGUUUUGUGACUCUAUAAUUUACCAUGGUUUUGGUGAAUUAUGUCAUACAACGCAUACGUACUAAUUAUAUAAUGGGAUAUGAUAUAUGUGUGAAACAUACUGGCCGGCCGGUUUUGUAUCACAUCAUGUGAAAUAAAUUUUUGUAUAUAUAUGGUAAAUGUCAUUUUCCU